CGCCCCUUUCGCACGGGCUGGGCCGACCCUGGCGUCUGGCGCCCAUCUCGUUCCGCUUCCCCUCCCGCCUCUCAAGCUCAAAACCGAGAAUCGAAACUGUUCUGUGAUCCAUGCAGCAGGAGCCUGCGCCCGUCGGGUCCCCGGGUCCCCAGCAAGACCCCGCACUGCCCCACACGCCCACCAUGCCUCCCCCGGAGUCCGUCUCCGAAGGCCAUCAGCCCAGCCCCAGCCACAGCCCUGCGGAGCAAGCCAUGGAGGAGGAGUUCCAGUUCCUGCGCUGCCAGGGCUGCCAGGUCGAAGCCAAGUGCCCCAAGCUGCUGCCUUGUCUGCACACGCUGUGCUCAGGAUGCCUGGAGGCGCCGGGCAUGCGGUGCCCGAUCUGCCAGGCGCCCGGGCCCCUAGGCACUGACUCGCUGGCCCUGGAUAACGUCUUCUUCGAGAGUCUACAGCGGCGCCUGUCCGUGUACAGGCAGAUCGUGGACGCGCAGGCCAUUUGCACCCGCUGCAAAGAACCUGCGGACUUCUGGUGUUUCGAGUGCGAGCAGCUCCUCUGUGCCAAGUGCUUCGAGGCGCACCAGUGGUUCCUCAAGCAUGAGGCCCGGCCCCUGGCGGAGCUCCGCAGCCAGUCGGUGCGGGAGUUCCUAGACGGCACGCGCAAGUCCAACAACAUCUUCUGCUCCAAUCCCAACCACCGCACCCCUAUGCUGACGAGCAUCUACUGCCGAGGCUGCUCCAAACCACUGUGCUGCUCGUGCGCGCUUCUGGAUAGCGGCCACAGCGAGCUCAAGUGCGACAUCAGCACGGAGAUCCAGCAGCGGCAGGAGGAGCUGGACGCCAUGGCGCAGGCACUGCAGGAGCAGGACAGCGCCUUCGGGGCGGCGCAGGCGCACAUGCGCUCAGCCGUCAGCCAGCUGGGCCGCAUGCGCGCAGACACCGAGGAGCUGAUCCACGAGCGCGUGCGCCAGCUGGUGGCGCACGUGCUGGCCCAGGAGCAAGUGCUGCUGGAGGGGGUGAACGCGCAGUACCAGCGCAGCUAUGAAGAGAUCGCCGGCCAGCUGGGCCACCUGGAAGCUGUGCUGCAGCGGAUCCGCCUGGGAGGUUCGCUGGUGCAGAGGAUGAAGCGCUACGCCUCUGACCAGGAGGUGCUGGACCUGCACGGCUUCUUGCGUGAGGCGCUCAGCCGCCUGCGCCGGGAGGAGCCCCAGAACCUGCAAACCACCGUGCGCACCGACAGCUUCGACGACUUCAAAGCGCGCCUGCAGGAACUGGUCUCCUGCAUCACUCAGGGGGCAGAUGCAGCUGUACCCAGGCGAGCCAACCCAGAGGCUGCCAGCACUCCUAGGGAUUGUUUUGACAUUGACCCGCCAGAGGAGACGCAGAGGGCUCAGGCUCAGGCCCCGGGGCUGGCUGAGACCCAAACUAUGAGCUUGGUCCAGCCAGUGCCCGGGGUACACCCAGUGCCGGUUCACGCCUACUCCAUCAAAGACUCCUCCUGCAGAGAGGAGGUCUGCAACACAGUCCUGCCCCAGAAGAGGAAGUCCUGCCAGACUGAGUGCCCCAGGAAGGCCAUCAAGAUGGAGUCUGAGGAGGAGAGGGAGACACGGUUGGCCCGGAGCUCCCCCGAACAGCCCAGGCCCAGCACCUCCAAGGCAGUCUCGCCACCCCACCUGGAUGGGCCCUCCAGCCCUGAAAGCCCCAUCUUUGGAGGCGAGGUCUUUCUGCCCAACAGCAACCACACAGCCGGCAACCCCGGGGAGGCAGAGGAACGCGUCGUGGUGAUCAGCAGCUCGGAAGACUCAGAUGCUGAAAACUCGUCCUCCCGAGAGCUGGAUGACAGCAGCAGCGAGUCCAGUGACCUCCAGCUGGAGGGCCCCAGCUCCCUCAGGGUCCUGGACGAGAGCCUCGCCGACCCCCAAGCAGAAGACAGGCCCCUGGUUUUCUUUGACCUCAAGAUUGACAGUGAAACCCAGAAGAUUAGCCAGCUGGCGGCCGUGAACCGGGAGAGUGAGUUCCGCGUGCUCAUCCAGCCAGAGACCUUCUUCAGCACGUACUCCAAGGCCGUCUCCCUGGAGGUGGGGCUGCAACACUUCCUUGGUUUUCUGGGCUCCAUGGGCUGCCCCAUCCUGGCCUGCUAUAAGCUGUGGGGACCCGGCCUCCCCAACUUCUUCCGGGCCCUGGAAGACAUGAACAAGCUGUGGGAGUUUCAGAAGGCCAUCUCGGGCUUCGUGGCCACGCUGCCCCUCAUCCGGGAGCGGGUGCCCGGGGCCAGCAGCUUCAAGCUCAAGAGCCUGGCCAAGACCUACCUGGCGAGAAACAUGAGCGAACGCAGCGCCCUGGCCGCCGUGCUGGCCAUGCGAGACCUGUGCCGGCUCCUCGAGGUCUCCCCGGGCCCCCCGCUAGCUCAGCACGUCUACUCCUUCAGCAGCCUGCAGUGCUUCGCGUCCCUGCAGCCGCUCGUGCGGGCGGCCGCCCUGCCCCGCGCCCAGGCCCGCCUGCUGGCCCUCCACAACGUGACCUACACCGAGCUGCUGGCCGCACACCGCCGCGACCCCCAGCAGGGCCUGCGGAAGUAUGGCCGCUACCUGGGCCUGCCCCCCGCCUCGUCGCCCCCCGCCCAGCGCGCCGGCAGCCUGCAGGCUCUGAGCACCUACUUCAGAGGCCUGUCGGAGGAGCCCGUCUCCGCCCAGGCGGAAGGCAUCGCCGCCCCUGUCGCCGGCCACAGCUUGGCAGAGAGGGUGUGCCAGCAGAGCUGAGAGGAAGCCCGGACUGGCUUGGAAUCUCUGGGGAUGGGGAGGGGGUCCCUGAGCCAGCGCCCCCCUCAACCCACUGCCCAUCACUGCAUUCCCAGGUCCUGGCCCCCAGCACCCCGCUGUCAUUUGGUCCGGAAUCUGUUCUCUGGGACCAAACUCCCCUUCUCUAAAAACCCCACAGAGAAGGUUCCAAGUCCAAGCAAGUCCAAGUCCUAACUCCCCAGGGGCCACCAGAUCCCCUUUCAGGCCUUGGGAGCACCCAUGGGUUGGUUCCCUCGAGCCCUGGCCCCCUCUCCUCCAGGAGCCAAAACCAGGGGGUAAAGAAGGCCUGGCCUCUGGGCUGAGUGGCCCCCAGCCACCCAACCUGCCACUUCCGUGAGUGUCCCUGCAGCCUCUCCCUGACCCCCAGCCACUGCCCUAGGGGACCUGCUGACGCCCCCCAGAGACCCUGCCCGCAACACCCCACGGGUACCCAAAGUGCCUUUCAAACCAAGCCGCUGUCAUGAGUUUGGGUUCUCCCACCGUCUGCCUGUCUGAAGGCCAGCUCUCUGUUCACUGCUCUGGGGACAAAAAUGCAUUUUCAUCCCCAAAGAGCCUCAUAUCGGCAGAGACAGAAGCUGCUGCUUCAUGCCUGUCCCUCCUUCCAAAGUCUGACCCUUCCGAGCUUGCUCCUUUCCUUCUGGCCGCACGGACACCUCCCCUUAGUCAGGCUUCGCUCUUCGGCCCUCAGGCCACCAGCCCCUCUCAGCAUGGCUUUUGCUCUCUCUGCGCUGCUCACCUCAGCCCCACUGAGGAAUGUCCUCUAACCUAGCGCCACGUGCCACAUACACCAGGGGCCCGCAGCGUUGGCAUCCCCUGGGAGCCUCUACCCCAGACCUCUGGAAUCAGCAUCUCUGAGGUGGGCCCAGCAGGCUGGUUUAGCACGUCCUUCAGAUGAAUCUGACACCCUCUAAGACUCAGAACCAGUACUCUGAUAGACUGCUCCCCAAAAGCGCAGCAGGGUGGAGUAGCAGAGCAAGUCCUGGGCCCGACUGGGCACAUGGAGGGUGACCUAGGAAAAGACCCUUUCCUGAGCUCUGGCAUCUCCACCCACUAAAUGGGCUCCCGUCCAGCUCUGCCACUCUGGGAUUUUAGACAUGGACCAAAGCCAUCGAGGCAGUGGGCAGGACGGUUUUCAACUUAAACCCUAGCUCUCAGCCCCAAGCUAAGGCCCCCAGCCUUGUGGUCACACCAGAGGUCAGCGGCAGAACAGAGGCAGGUCAGGGCCUUCCCUCUGGCCAGCAGAACCACUGUCCCUGUCCUGCUCCUCUCCCUUCCUUCUUCCUUGCCUCCUGCCACCGGGACACAGCCCAGGCCUCCAGCCUCCAUUGCCCGAGCUUUCACAGGGGUGAGGUCUGCGUGCCCACACCUCAGCCCCCAGCCAGCAGGUGUCCUGCAGGUGCACUGAGGGAUUGCAUGGGAACUGGCUACCACAGUGGGAGUGCUGGGCGACCAGUGAACUCUGAUGCAUUGAAAAUAGGAUUCAAGUUCAAAGCAAGUGUUGACUUAGAAGCUGCCGUGGGAACAGGCUGAUGGGGCCGCAGCCUAGCUGUGAUAACCAUCUCGGCAAGUGCAAAGCAGCACCUGGCCCACCGCUCAUAUCCUCUUCCCUCAGCCUCGCCCCGACCUGCGUGGCACCCACUGGCUUCCAGCCCCACCAUGCUUGCUACCUGCAGAGUGCUUGACCACAGGUUUUAUAACAAAGGGCUGCUCUGCCCUCUCUCCAUUUAUGCAGCCUCUAAUAAAGAUGUGGAUGUUCGAAGUCUGAUGCACCAAUCCAGCGCUGCUCAGCCCACCCCAGCAGCCACCAAGCAGCCUCUUGCCUGGGGAAGAGGAUACGUUCCCGGACAUGGAAGAGCUGCCCUUCGUCACAUCCUUUCGGGACUCAGCAGAGCUGAGAGCCCCUUGUUCAGUGCUGGGGACCUCACAGAUGUGAGCUUCCCCAUUCCAAAGAGGGAGACCCAAGGUGGGCCUGUCGGGGAUCAUCUCCCCAAAGGAGAGGCACAUGGAGGGAAAGAAGCACCAGUUUCACAAAUUACCCCCUAGAGGGCAUCUGGAGCCAGAGACGGGUGUCUGUCAUCUCUGCUCCCUGCUGGGUAAUCUUGCACCCCUGUGUGUGUCCCCAGAGUCACAGAGGGUAAAACCCCCAACAAUGGGGAGGGGAGCCCAGGACAUUAGCGAUGUGUAAUUAACAUGCCGCUGUCCAGGGUGUCCCCAGCGGAAUCCACGUUAGUACGUGCAGGGAUUCCCACGGCACAGGCAGUGUCGGGGGACUGGCCCUCCCCAAGCCUGGGUGAGCAGCCUGGUGAUGUCACUGGAUCAGUGCCACCACCCUUAACCCCACCUACCUGCCCCAGAUGCCCAAAUUCCAGUCCUGGAGUUUUAGUCUCUAAGAGCAAGUUCAAAUAGAUCCCCUGUGCCUCAUGUUUGAAUUCUAUCUCAGAUUCACCCAUGUCAGCUAACCAUGAACUUGCUGGGCUUGAAGUCAGGACACUUAGUUUCAAUCCUCACACCACAGCCUCUGACUGGUCUGGUGUGUCAAGCUCACUGAGGCAUGGGCUCUGGCUCUGUCAAAUGGGAUCAUAUCAAUCAUUUUUCCCUCACAGGCUCCUGCAUGAACCAAUGAGAGAAUGUGGAAAUAGGUUUUUAAUAUAUGAAGAACCACACAAACAUAAGAUCUUAUUUUACAGACAACCAAGAUGACAGUUUUAUUGCUUCAUAAGUUACAAGAAAUUAAUAGAUCUUAGCUCUUAGCAAAAAAUAUACAUGGGCUUGGCUUCAGGGAAUAAAAACAAGAGCAGAGCAGACAAUUGUGGGGGUCCAAGGGAGUCAGGGAGAAGAGCAGGGGAGUCGACCUUGGAGUGGCUGAGAAGUGGGUGGCUCUGUGUCCCCAGCACACCCAAAUGGGGGAUUUCAGCCUCACGCACCUGAAGCAGAGAACAGCCUUCCAGUGACACAGCUCAGCCAGGGCCAGCCCUACCGGCUCUGGUGCCUCCUUCUGAGGCCCAAGGGCUCACACCCCCAGGAACCCGGCCCCCUCCCCCACCCCUCCUCCUCCAGUCCCCACCUGCCCCACUUCAUCCUUAUUCCUACCCAGACUCGCUCUGACGCCUAGUGCCUACCCUGGCAAUUCUCCCUCUCUCAGAGUUUACCCAGCACCCUACAGCUCCCAGCAGGCCCAGCCCUUCUUCCUGGAUCCUCUGACCUCAGGCUUGCGUCCACCCCACAGCCCACGUGUCCCCAGCCCCUGUGCCUACCCGCCCCAGAGGGAAGGGAGCCGAGCUGGAGCUGCUCUCAGAAUCAGCCAGCAGGGGGCGCUGCAGCCCCGCCUGGCCCUGCGAUAAGGCGCAGCUCCAGUAGGUGGGGAGUGGAGGGGCGUGGGGCUUAGGCUCCGGAAGCGCUCAGAAGCGCUCAGUCUUUCCGUAAGCGCCCGGCACGCUGCGGGUGGUAUAGGAAGUAGCUUCAGGUAGAUGGUGCGUGGAGAAGCAGUUCAAGAACGUUAGCCGUGUUGUGUUCAUUUUAACAUUAGAAAAAAAUAUAACCAGCAUAUCAAAACGGUGAUUUCUGGAAUAUAGUUGCUCAGAAUGAUGCUAAAGUGGAAUUAUUUAAAGGUCUAAUUUAAGGACAAGUAUUAGGUAACCACAAGCUCAGGAGACACACAGGUAUAGCAAACCUUGUGACUUAAUUUGGGGAAAUCCUGGGUUACCUACCCAUGGAAUUAGGAUGAGGGUUAGAGCUAAAGUCAGGGCCCAGGUUAGAACUGGGCAGGAUGGGGUGGGGUUAGAAGUUGGGGUAAAGCUUCAGGUUAGGAUUUGGGGUAUAUAAAAUUUAGGGGCACAUUUGGUGAUGAAGGUUAGCAAUGGAGUUAAGAAUCAAAAGGAACAGAAUUAGAGUCACUCUUGAGGCUACAGAUAGAUCACUUUAGCAGCUGAAGAGUCCAUGAAACUGUGGAGGGGCAGGAGCUUCUGAGAACCCCCUCAUACGGCCCCCUGAGUGUGGUCUGCCUCCCUCCCCAGCAUCCUCUUCUAAAAGCACCCCUCCGGGGUGCCUUGGUGGCUCAGUCAGUUAAGCAUCUGCCUUCAGCUCAGGUCAUGAUCCCAGAGUCUCAGGAUCGAUCCCCAAGUCUGAGCCCCAAGUCCGAGCCCCACAUUGGUCUCCCUGCUCAGCAGGGGAGUCGGCUUCUCCCUCUCUCUCUCUCUCUGCCCCUCCCCCUGUUCGUGUUCUGUCUCUCAAAUAAAUAAAUAAAUAAAAUCUUUUUAAAAAUUAAAAUAAAAUAAAAGCA